UGCCGUAGCUCUUUCUGCUGCCUCAGUCUUUCUGGAUGGAGACUGGAGGAGGAGGAGCGCUGCGACUUCUGCUCCCACCAUGUACUUUUUCACAUCCCUGCUUACGUUUUGGCUGCCACUGCCUCAUUUCCGCAUUCCCAAGUCCUCCCAGAUUGGGAUCACGUUUAAAGUCGGGCUGAUGCAACGGUUCCCACUUUUUAGAAUCUACUCUCGACCCUCGGCUGACCAGAAGAGAGGACAUUUGCUGCACCUGGGAUCCAAGUCAGCUGUGGUCACGACUGAGUCUGACACGAUGCCAGGACAAAUCCCAGAUCCCUCUGUGACUGCAGGCUCCCUGCCAAGCCUGGGCCCUCUGGCUGGGAUCUCGGCCACCACGCUGACUGACAAGCUAAAAUUCAGUGACCUCCAGGAGUAUGGGACGAUGCUCUCACCUCUGCACUUUUUGAACAGUCUGGGUAAACGACCCUUGGCCAUCAAAACAGAGCGAGAUGAAGAAGAAGAGAGGAGGAAACGGCGGCGGGAGAAAAACAAAGUGGCUGCAGCUCGAUGUCGAAACAAAAAGAAAGAGAGGACAGACUAUUUACAGAAGGAGUCGGAGCGACUAGAGAUGUUAAAUUCUGACCUUAAAGCACAGAUUGAGGAGCUGAAACUGGAGCGGCAGCAACUCCACCAUCGCCCCACAUGUAGUGUCAGGACAGAUAGUGUGAAAACACCGGAGAGUGAGGUGAACCCACUGCUGCAGCAGCUGCAGGACAAAUGAAGGAAGGAGAAGGAGAAGGAGAAGGAGAACCAACUAGCAGCACUUAGCUUUGGAUGGUGGAGAGAAUAAAGGAGAACUCCAAACACCUCUGUCCCUGGGACACAGACCAUCACAGCACAAAGUCUGGAUCCAGAACUACGGACCAUGAUGAAGUUGAACUACAAGAAAACAACAACACGUUAUUUUUUUUUAACGUUUCUUACUGCAGUAUCCAGUUCAUUGUUUCCUAGCAGACUUUUACGUUGGCCUCAGCCAUUAGUUCAAACUGGUAACAUCACAGGGUAAUAACAUUUCACUAGUUUGAAUAAUUAAUAUUUACAUGUGUUGUGGAUAAAUAUACAUAGGCUAAAUUACAGCUUUUCGUGUAAUUAAGAUGCUUUAUAGCUAUUUGCUUUCAUUACAAUAGAUUAUGCAGUUUACACAUUCAAAAAAGCAAAAAAGCGCAGGCUUAGGACUUCUAGUGUUUAAUUAAUUUACUAUUUAAAUCAUGAAAAACAUUGGGCUUCUCCAUUUAUUAUACUGGAUCUAUUAUUUCAACUAUGAGUGGAUCUAGCCUCAAAUAUGUUUUUCUUUAUAUUUUAUUAAAUAUUCUGCUUGGUCAUUCUAUGACACAUACAGCAAGCACAUCGAUAUUUAACCGGACAAAGUUUUACUAGAGAAUUGUCCCAUGUUUAUAUAACAUAUGUUUGUUUCAUUUCAGGCAUUAAAGGACACAGCUGACUACACACACCUUUUUAUAUUCUAUAUUUUGGCGCAGGCGUCAUGUAUGCACAUAUAUAUGGACUGUUUACAUUGUACUUUAUUUUCUGCUUUACUGUUACCACGGACAUGUUUUAUGUUUUUCUACUUUUGUAUGUGAUAUUAUAAAAAACAGUAUGAAUAUAAGCUAUUAAAAAACAGUUUGUACUUUUCUAAGUAAUAAAUCUUUAGUUUCUU